AUGUUGAUGCGUUCAUCAAUUGAAAAAUCAGACAAGGAUGAGCAACCAUCACCUUCUGGUUUGGUUGAAGCAGUAUCUUCGAGGUCUAAAGCUACAAAAGCCAAUUCCGUGAAAGAAUUUACAACGCCACCUGCACUUGACCUGAAUUCAGAAGAAAGACUUCAUCCUUCCACUAAGAUUAAGUUGCAGCUCUUCCCGAUAGAUGAAAGCACUCGUCUAGGACUAGAAAAGGAUGGGUUUCAUCCAUACUUGGAAUUGACUUUAAGUACUAGAAAGAAGAUAUCCUCUGUGCUUAAGCACAUUGAUAGCAAGUGGGGCAGUUCAAGCAUCGCUGUUGGGGAGCCCAUGUUUUUCCCAUAUGUCGCAGAAAAUCUGACCAGUUACCGAUGGACAAGAAAUGACAUUUGUAUCAGUGCCAGGGAUGUCUAUGAAACAAUUGGAAGCCCAUCUGUGUUUCGUUUAAGGUCCAAUACCUGA